UGGAAAGCAUCAACGGACCCAACCCCCCCAAAAUCACAGAUUAUCAAGCGCAAGCAAGAGGAGACGAACCCUCACUCUCACAAAAUCAGACUCGGCUGCAACAAAGAAACCGAUCGAAACACAAACGAAGCAAAUCUAAAGCAGGAGGCAAUGGCAGACAACAAAGAAUUCUUCCCACCCCAGUACGACGUGAACGCCAAAUGGGACGCGUGUCUCGAUCUGACGGUCCGGCGCUUCGUCUACUCUUCCUUGGGCGGUGCCUUUGGGGGUCUCCUUUUAUUCAGGAGUCCUGUGAGUCGCUGGGCUUCUGUAGCUUUUGGCGCUGGAUUGGGCAUUGGAUCCGCAUACACGGAGUGCUCUCGUUUAUUUGAGGGAUCUCCAGCGAAGUUGGCUGCUCCUAAGAUUAUUGAGACUCCUGCUCCUCAGGGAAGUUAUUUGAUGUAGUUUUUCCUCUUGUUUCCAGGACGGACAAGAUUGAAUUUAUGCAAGUCAAGAUAACCCACAGUUUUGUGAUUCAACUCAGGGGUUUUUGUAGACUGUUUAUGCCUGCAAUGGCUUUGAUUAAGUAGUACAAAUACUGUUUUUGAUUGAUAACGAUAUCACCUGAUCUACUUCAGACUUCAUACAAAUUUGUUACCUUUUGCUUUGUAACCCUGUCAUUAUGUCGAACUUUGUAUGUGGAAAAAGGAAGAAAUAAUUGCAUUUGGGGGAAGCUUUCUUACUUCUGCAACUUCCUAGGAAGAAGUUUGUGAGUAAGCAAAAGGAAAUUUUGUCAGAAAUAUCUUUGACGCGCAAAGUCGCUUGCUAUCUUGUUUAUGUGCCGUUUGAUUUCAAUUA